AGUAGUAGACGUCGUUUGAGCGAUUGCGCAGAGUUUCUUUUUUGCCAACUUCUUCUUCAUUUUCUUUUUGGUUUCUCCCUCCGUGGGCGCGUCUGUCGAACCACCACCUCCUCCUCCCUUGCACGCUCCUUAUUCCAUCCUCCCGAUCCCUCUUUUUCGGGGGGUUCCUUUGCUCCGCAGCGACUCGAGUCCCGGCACAUGUGAGCCGGAGUCGGACUCGUUCUGACCUCCAACCAACUUCGCUCCCGCUAUCAUCAUCAUCACCACCCAAUCCAUCCAACAUUUCGCUCGAUUUGUUUUUUCUCUCUCUCUCUUUUGGGUUUGGGGUUUUUGGGGUGAACCGAAAUCAGGAUCGACGGCGGAUCGACACCUUUUUCACACACACUCUCUCUCUCUCUGUCUGAAACAUCUGUUACACGGCGGGCGGAUUGCGGGAGAAAGGGGGCCCUCUAGCGAGCGGCCGGCUGCCCACACUCAGGCCCCGGGAGUCGUGCGAGUCGUUUUGUACAGGAUUGGCAGCGGAGACGACGUCCCCCGGACGACGACCAUGUCGGACGAAGAAGAAUCGCAAGAGCUGGUGAUGAUUGCCGAAAAGGCCCGUUCGCUGCUCAACCGCAACGAACGCCAAGUGCUGAGCCACUGCUGCCAUUCGUACCUGUCCGGCCGGAUGGGAGUCCACCACUUUGUCGACGCACUACUCCGCCUCCUACCCACUCCCGACAAGGCCACUUUUCUGGUCGAGUUGCGUGAAUUGGUGCGUGAUGAAGACCACGACGAGUACGACUACAGAGUCUUUACCGUCCCGAACCGGCCCUUCCGCUCCGUCCAGUUCCAGAGCGGUAAUAGCCUGGAUUAUGAGCAAUCGACCGAAUGUCUUUUGCAGGUCGAGCGAGGAGCCGUCGCCCCGUUGUUGUCCGGCGACGGAGCGACGGGCGAUCAUCACUAUCAUCAUCAUCCGUUCUAUCACAACUACCAGCUACUCUCGCAGGGCAAUUCACCAAACUGCUCCCCCGACAUCAGAGAAUCCAUUCGAGCGGCAAAGUCGCUACAGGCGAUGGACUUUGAUUCGCCUUGCGACGUCAUCGGCACGACGAUCCAGCCCGUGCCGUUGGCGGCCUCCGCCCAACCCUUCCGGGGAGGACUGAAAGAGACCAACAUCAUCCCCAUGAUGACAAUCGACCUGAAGACAGCCUUCCCCACCUCCUCUUCCUCUUCUGCCUUCAAACCUCUGGCGGCCGCUUCCAAUCACGUCACGAAGGAAUCGUUUGGUGGCCAGAAAAAUGUUGCAGCUCCCACUACCACCGUGCCGAAACAAUGGCCGACGAAUAAAACGACGACAGCAGAAGCACCACCAGCACCAGCACCAGCAGCGGGCCGGCGUACCGGGUGCCGGUUGCCCGUUUCGGACGACGAACCCACGGAGGUCGUCAUUCGAAAAUCAAAGAAAAUUUUGGGCGUGGCGAUUGAAGGAGGAAUCAAUACCCGACAUCCACUGCCUCGCAUCAUCACCAUCGACGGCAAAGGAACGGCGUUCGAAGCUGCGGGACUGCGCAUAGGGCAGACCAUCAUCUCGGUGGACGGAAGGCCGAUGCAAGUUUUGCACAAUAGUCUAUCGCCCGCUGCGUCCUCCCGUGACACAGAAACCGCCGAUUCUAUAUUUGGCUAUGGCUGUGUAUUGAUUGACUCACGAGGAAGCGGCCCGCAUCAUCGCCAAUUCUUACGCCGACCGGAGUGUACCUGAGUUGAAACUGCUGAUGAGUCCCAGCACUUUCCGUCCCAAUGCCAACUAUCAACCGGAGAAUUGAUGAUGAAACUCGGAACCUUUUGCUCUCUUUCUCUCCCUGUCUCUCACUAUUCGACUCGGUCCAACAGCGAUGUAAGAAGUCCGCCUGCCAAUUCGUAUCGGCGCCAUGUUUUACAACCCAUUAGAAAAAUCACAAGUGCUUUUGAAACCGAAUCCUCGCUUGAAGAAAAUUGAACAUGUUACUACUUUAUCUCAUUCUGCCUUUUAAAACCAUGUUACUCAAUAUGGGUGCUGGUUAUCCUUAAAGAUUUGUUUCUUAUUGAAAUAAACGAUUUGUUUGACUUUUUA